CAAGUUUGUUAUGUUUCUGAAUUCACAUAUGGAUUCGACAUUGUUCUCCUUCAAUCUUUUAGUAAACAGUUGUAGUUCUCUUUUAUUCUUCAUUACAUGUUUUCGUUGUUUUUCUAUGGCAUUGUGUCAUGGCAAUGACACAGAUCAACAAGCACUACUUGCAUUCAAGGGAUCUAUAAAUGAUCCUUUUGGAUAUAUGAAAACAUGGAAUGCGUCCACACACUUUUGCCAUUGGUCUGGUGUAACUUGUGGACGUAAACAUGUUAGAGUCAUUCAACUAAACGUUGAGAACCAAAAACUAGAUGGCCCCUUGUCACCCUUCAUUGGGAACAUGAGUUUCCUCAGAUCUCUAUACCUGUCAAACAAUAGCUUCCGUGGUGAAAUACCUUCGGAGGUUGGCCGUUUGAGAAGGCUACACCGGUUGUAUCUUGGUAACAACUCAUUUCAUGGACAGAUCCCCUCAAAUUUAUCAAGGUGCUUGAAUCUUGUAUCUCUUGUCCUUGGAGGUAACAAGUUAGUAGGAAGCCUUCCUCCAGAGCUAGGUGCCUUGUCCAAACUCGAGUACUUGUUACUCACUCGAAACAACUUGACAGGUGAAAUCCCUUCUUCUUAUGGAAACCUAACAUCAUUGAUAGGAUUCUAUGCACCAGUGAAUAAUCUUCAGGGGAAAAUCCCCGACUCAUUUGGGCAGCUGAAAAACUUAGAAAGGUUCGGAGUAGCUGCAAACCAAUUGUCAGGUACUAUCCCUUCUGAAAUCUUCAACAUAUCUUCCAUCACAACAUUUGAUGUUGGAUUGAACCAAAUCCACGGUACACUUCCUUCAAGUUUGGGAAUCACUCUCCCGAAUCUUGAAUUAUUUAUCAUCAGUGGGAACAACGUUUCUGGAUCGAUCCCAUCUACAUUGUCCAAUUCAUCAAAGCUAGUGUAUUUUCUUGCUGGAAGUAAUCAACUUACAGGAAGUGUACCAAGUCUUGAGAAACUGAAUGAGCUUCAACAGUUAACAAUUCCCGGGAAUUAUCUUGGAACUGGAGAACCAGAUGAUCUAAGCUUCAUCGCCUCUCUGACUAACGUGUCUCGUUUCAGAAUUUUGGAGAUUCAGUUCAAUAGUUUUGGAGGGGUUCUGCCUGCAUCCUUCAGGAAUUUUUCAACUGAGCUUCAGGUUGUUCAGUUAUCAUACAACAGAAUCCGUGGUAACAUACCACCUGAGAUUGGAAAUUUCGUCAACGUGGAAGAAUUUCAAGUGAGGGAAAACUUACUUACUGGUACUAUUCCAAUGAAUUUUGGUAAACUUAAGAAACUGCAGAUUUUGGAUUUGUCUCAGAAUAGAUUGUCAGGGAAUAUUCCAUCAUCUCUAGGAAAUCUCAGUGUAGUAUCCAUCCUUCUUCUGCACGAUAAUAAUCUCACCGGUGAGAUCCCAGCAAGUUUAGGAAAUUGCAAUUACAUGAUUGAGAUAUAUGUUGCUAACAAUAACCUGUUAGGACAGAUACCUAAGGACCUUUUUGCUCUCUCUUCCUUAGUUGCUGUAGACAUUUUUGAGAACCAUUUAGAUGGUUUCAUCCCUCUUGAAGUUGGAAAUAUGAUAAAUCUUGAAUAUCUUAAUGUUUCCGUAAAUAACUUCACUGGUAAAAUCCCAAGUACUAUUGUUAGCUGUGUCUCACUAGAAGCCUUAGACAUGAAAGGGAACUUCUUUCAAGGAAUUAUUCCUCCUUCUUUGAGCUCUUUACGAGGUCUCCGUGUUUUAGACCUUUCUAGAAAUAAUAUGUCUGGCCGAGUACCAAAAUACUUGGAAGAUUUCAAGUUUCAACUCUUGAAUUUAUCGUUCAAUGAUUUCGAAGGAGCGUUACCAAAUGAAGGCGUCUUUAAGAAUGUAAGUGCAAUAUCAGUAAUUGGAAAUCCAAAACUUUGUGGGGGUGUGCCUGACAUACAUAUUCCGGAAUGUGACAUCAAAAGAUCGAAAAAAUUUGGUUCGAGGUUUAUCCUCAAGAUUGUCAUCUCUGUUGUCUUUGGUAUACUAGGACUUGGUAUGCUUGUCACUUUACUAAUUUGUUUCUUGUUAAAGAAACCGAAAAGUGUGCCUGUUUCAAGUUCAUUGGGUGAGUCUCUCAUAAAUGUGUCUUGCCGAAGUUUGCUUCAAGCUACUAAUGGAUUCUCUGAAGACAACUUGAUUGGUGCUGGUAGCUAUGGAUCUGUUUAUAAAGGAACUCUCGAUGGAGGAAUAGUUGUCGCGGUGAAAGUGCUAAACCUCUCGCGACAUGGAGCUUCCAAAAGCUUUAUGGCUGAAUGUAAAGUCUUGAGAAACACUAGACAUCGGAAUUUGGUCAAGGUUCUCUCAGCAUGUUCAGGAGUUGACUAUCGAGGGAACGAUUUCAAGGCUUUGGUUUACGAGUUUAUGGUUAAUGGAAGCCUCGAAGACUGGUUGCAUCCUCGUCCAAGUGAAGAUACAAGUCAGGCAGCUACAAAAAAGUUGAAUAUUCUUCAAAGGCUCAACAUUGCUAUAGAUGUUGCUUCUGCAAUCGAUUAUCUUCAUCUCCACUGCGAGACUCCGAUAGUUCACUGUGAUCUCAAGCCAAGCAACAUUCUUCUAGACAACCAAUUGGUCGGGCACAUUGGUGAUUUUGGUUUGGCAAAGUUCCUUCAACCAACUGCACAAAAUUCUUCUAUUUCAGAAGGAAGCUCUGGUCUCGUUAGAGGAACAAUCGGUUACACUGCUCCAGAAUAUGGGAUGGGAAGUGAGCUAUCGACUUGUGGUGAUGUGUACAGCUUUGGGAUCCUUUUACUAGAAAUGUUCACCGGAAAAAGGCCUACAGAUGGAAUGUUUAAGGAUGGUUUAGACCUUCCAAGUUUCGCUAAACAUGCAUUGCUUUAUGGAGCUAUGGAAGUUAUAGAUCCAUCCCUUAUUUAUGGAACUGAAGAAGAUGAGCAAGGUAAAAGCAGAAAUAUCUACCAGAAUAAAGAGUUUCUUGUUUCUGUUCUUCGAGUCGGGGUUGCUUGUUCUGCAUAUUCUGGACCUGAAAGAAUGAACAUCACUGAAACUGUUUCCCAAUUGUACUCUAUCAAGGAAGCUCUUCUGGAAUCACAAAAAACUUCAGGAGCACAUUGAUCUAUGUUACUCGAAUCCUCCAAAAAUGUAGUAACCUAUGAGUAUAAUAAGUUUUUGCUUCAGUAUUUAGUCCAUUCAUCACCUAAUCUAUGUUACUCGAAUCCUCCAAAAAUGUAGUUACCUAUGAGUAUAAUAAGUUUUUGCUUCAGUAUUUAGUCCAUUCAUCACCUAAUCUAUGUUACUCGAAUCCUCCAAAAAUGUUGUCGCUCAUGUGUCAGAUCCUUCAAACAUACAUAAACUUUUGGAGGAUCCGACACACACCUUGCAUGUUGUUGAAUAGUUCGAGCAACCUAUCACCAAUUACAUGAUGUUGAACUACAGAAUAUCUUGUACUCCCCUCCGUUUCAAUUUACUUGUCCUACUUUCUUUUUGUAGUCCGUUUCAGCAAAUGAAAGUCUCUUUCUUGUUUUGACAACUCUCUAAUUUCAACUUUCCACAUGACAUGCACGAGAUUGAAGAACAUUUUGGUACAUUCUACCUAUCUGGAAUAAGUCUUCAAAGAGCUCCUUUGCAACAUAUACAGAAGCAGACUGUAUAAAGACAAGAAAGGGAACUUUUAUUGAAUUGAGAUUUCACAAGGUGGAAAAUUGUUAUAGUUCUCAUUACAAUUUUCAAAAAGGAAUAAGAAUCUACAAGCAAGGUUAAAAAAAUAUAAAUUAAGCCACUAUUUAGUAGUACUGCUUUAUUUUAUUUUCAUGUUUUAUUUCCACUGGUUUGCAACAAUGUCAGCAAGAUCAACAACCCUCUGUGAGUAACCCCAUUCAUUGUCAUACCAAGCAAUAACCUUAACCAUG